GCCACAUUAGGGCAGCGACCGCCGCGCUUCAGGCAAAGCCGGGCUGGGCCACUCCGCGCGGCCUCCCCUACCCCGAGCACGGGGCGCCAGAGCCGGGCUCUCCCUGCCGAGCCUCCCUCCUGAUGCCGCUGCCCGCGGCGCGUGUCUAGCGCCGCUCCGGAUCCGGCGCCGGGCGGAGGAGCCGCGGCGAGCGGGGCCGGCCGGGGGCGCGGGCGGGGUGGAUGGAUCCCCGCGUGGCCUGGAUCCAGCCCGAGCAGAAAGGCCCCGCCAAUGCGCUGUGGAUGCAGAUCUGGGAGACCUCGCAGGGCGCGGGCGGCCGCGGCUUUCCGCAUUACCUCUGUCUCAACUCCCCGGCGCUGGACCCCGCCGCCUCCCCGCCCACCGCCCGCGGCCACGCCAGGCUUGGGCCGCCCGGGGGCGACGGCCUGUGCUGCUCCCCGCCGCCCUCGCCCCCGGACCUGCUGACUGAGCUAGUCCCCGCCGCGGGCUCCGUGGGGGGCAGCAGCGAGGGAGGGAGGCGGCUACAGAAAUCCCCCUCCGUGUCCUCCUCGUCCUCCUGCUCCUCUGUGGAGUCCGGCACCGAGAGCCCCGGCUUCUCCUCCUCGGGCUCCUGCAGCAGCGGCUCCUCCUGUGGCCGGGCCGGGGCUCGCGGCAGCGGGGCUGGACCCGGGGAGUUUUUUAACUUCAGCGAGAGCAAAGUGAACAGCGUGAGCGGCCAGCGCCCCGCGCACCAGCCCCCGCAGCCCGCGGCGAGCAGCCCGCACCAACCUCCGCCCGCCUCCCCGCAGCAACAGCAUCAGUAUCAUCCUGGCCGUAGGAAACGGGAGAAUAAAGCUAGCACGUAUGGGAUGAAUUACCUGCUAUCCGGCAGCCGGGGGGCCGCGCUGAACAACUGUCCCCGCCAGCAGGCGCUUCGGCAGCCGCCGCAGCAAGCGCCGCAGAGCCCCGGCACACCCUGGAAAACCAGGCAAUACAGCUUGGGGGUACAGGGGCUCCAUGAAGAAAUAAUUGACUUUUAUGACUUCAUGUCCCCUCGUCCUGAAGAAGCAACUAUGAGAAGAGAAGUGGUGAAAAGAAUAGAGACAGUCAUCAAAGAUCUUUGGCCUACAGCUGAUGUUCAGAUAUUUGGCAGCUUUAGUACAGGGCUUUACCUUCCAACUAGUGAUAUUGAUUUAGUUGUUUUUGGAAAAUGGGAACGCCCACCUCUACAACUGCUGGAACAAGCACUAAGGAAACACAAUGUGGCUGAGCCAUAUUCCAUUAAAGUACUUGACAAAGCUACGGUACCAAUAAUAAAACUUACUGACCAGGAGACAGAAGUGAAAGUUGACAUAAGUUUUAAUGUGGAAACUGGUGUGAAGGCAGCUCGAUUUAUCAAGGAGUACAUGAAGAAGUAUUCAUUGCUGCCUUACUUGAUUUUAGUAUUAAAACAGUUCCUUCUUCAGAGGGAUUUGAAUGAAGUUUUUACUGGUGGAAUUAGCUCUUACAGCCUAAUUUUAAUGGCAAUUAGUUUCCUGCAGUUGCAUCCAAGAAUUGAUGCCAGGAGAGCUGAUGAAAACCUUGGAAUGCUUCUAGUAGAAUUUUUUGAACUGUAUGGAAGAAAUUUUAAUUACUUGAAAACUGGUAUUAGAAUAAAAAAUGGAGGUGCCUAUAUUGCCAAAGAAGAAAUCAUGAAAGCCAUGACCAAUGGAUAUAGACCAUCCAUGUUGUGCAUUGAAGAUCCUCUCCUCCCUGGAAAUGACGUUGGCAGAAGUUCUUACGGCGCCAUGCAAGUGAAACAAGUUUUUGAUUAUGCCUACAUUGUUCUUAGUCAUGCAGUAUCGCCGCUUGCGAGAUCAUAUCCAAAUAGAGAUUCUGAGAGCACAUUAGGUAGAAUCAUCAAAGUGACACAGGAAGUGAUUGACUACAGAGCAUGGAUUAAAAAGACAUGGGGAGGCAAAAGUAGUCUGUCACCUGAUAUUGACAAUAGAAUGAAAGUAAGAGAGCACAUAACUCCAUGCAGUGCAGAACAACAGAACAGAGGCUCUGAAUCACCCUUCAACCAACACUUGGCUUUGUCAUUAACUAGUACCCAACAGUUGUCCUCAGGUUCAUCUGCCUCUUCUGUAUCAUCGCUCUCUGGCAGUGAUAUUGAUUCUGAUACGCCACCUUGCACAACUCCUAAUGUUUACCAGUUCAAUCUGCAAGCACCGACUCAUCUUAUGGCCAGUUUACCACCAGCAUUGCCUAUGCCAAGUGGUAAACCUCAGUCUGCACCUACGAGAACCUUGAUAAUGGCCGCCAGUAAUCAGACAAGGUUUACUGUCCCUCCGCCUACCAUCGUUGGUCCUCCACUUCCCUGCAGACAGGUUGACACUGAAGGGGCACCAUCUCUGAAAACUGUUCACCACAUGCCCUCUCCUGCUGUUCCCUCUGCAUCCCCCAAUCCUCUGCCAAGCUCCCACUUGUAUCAGAAGCAGCACAAUGGAAUGAAGUUCUCUAUGAAAGGAGCUCAUAAUCCUAACCAAGGGAAUGGCUACAGUCCAGUCAGCAGUGGAGGUGUGAGGCAGCCAAUUGGCAACAGAGGACACCACCAAUAUAAUCGUAACAUCUGGCGAAGAAAAAAACACAGAGACAGUUUGCCUAUUAGUCUCAGCAGAUAAUGGCUAAUGCCAGGAUGAUCUUCUCCCAUUUUACAAAUUGAAGCUGAGUGAACGAUACUAGACGGCAGAAUGGAGACCAGCAUUCAGCACAUCAGUUUGUGGGUGUUGCCAAAUAUCUGCAGCUGACUUUUUGCAUGUUUCUUCAUGUGGUGGUCAAGUCCAUCUUAAAGUAGUUGUGCUUAUUUGUGAAGCCUUAUUAAAUGUGGAAGGUUUUUGUGUUUGUUUUUUUGCCUUCCCAUUACGACUCAUACAGUGCCGAAGCAGCUCUGGCCUUAGAACUGCAAGGACGUUAUAAAUACUGUAGCGUUUUUUCUGUAGCUACAUCUCUUCCUUUGUGGGGAUUUUGUUUCGCUUUUUUGUUUGAGGAGCAAAGGAACUUCAGUCCUUGACAUUUUUAUUCAUGAUAAAAUAGUUUUGCUGCCCCUCCUGUUUUUAUUUCAGAUUUCAAAAUUUUUUUGCUCUGUAAAUAUUGAAAAAGUAUAAUUUGUGCAAUAAUUCAGAAUUCUUAAUUUAAUUUCAUUUUGUCACAUAAGUUGUAUCUAAAGGGAGGAGGCUUUUUUUUUUUUAAUUUACAGAUCCUUUUCCAGGUUGUAUUAUCUAAGUUGGGUUCAUAGUUUUGGCAGGUUGUCUGAGCAGUGUUGCGAACAUGACAUCAUUUUUGGUACUAUUUGAGGCUUCUUGAUUCACAAUGAAAGUGCUGAUUUGGCAUAUGGUUUUAUGAAGGUAUUAAGCUCCAAAGUGUUUUGACCAUGCAUUUUAGCUCAUUGUCUGGCCUCUAUCAGUUGUCUUGCUCUGACCAGUGGGUUUUAAUUUAUUCCUUGUAAUAGACAACAAAUCCAGCAUUUAAAGUGCCAGAAAUAUAAUGUCUUAAGGUUGAAAAAGGGUUAAGUUUUGACAUGAAAUUUAAGAAUUGUGAACUAUAUGCUUCUGUCAGAUUUAGUAAUGUAACCCGUUAAUGGUUGGGGCUGAACAUCAUUAUUAAACAAAGGUACCCAGCUUGAGGAAUGUGGAGAAAGGAAAUAUGUUGAUUCCAUUAAGGAAUCUGUAUAGCAGUAUGCAUUCGUUCUGUUAAGAGCAAAUCUAUAAAGUACUUCAGCUGCUCUAAGCAUUGCAAGAAGCAUCUUUUAAAGUAUUGGAGGAGAGCACAGCCCGGUGUUGGACACAAUCUGUGGCUGGCACUUAAUUUACAGAUGCAUACAGGUAUACUAUGCAAGUGUGUAUUGCCAUGACAACCAUUGUCUUUGUUAACUUUUUUGAACAAGGAAAUAUACAUCCUGCCUGACCCUGAGUUUUUAGAGCACCACAGUUGUCCUGGGGGUUGGCUGCAUUUCAUAUGCCCUCUGACUUCCCAGUUUUAAAGUGAGGGUUCUUAACCCUGCUGAACACUACAGGUUGGUUAUCUGAAGUCCAAUUAGUGGAAAAAGCUGAAAAAAUUCUAUUACCAUGACAUCUAAUGUACAGAAGUGGAAUAUUUUAAAACUGAUAUCUGAAUGUUAAGAUAAAAAUGAGGCAUCUAACAUGAUGAAGCUUUAUAAAGUGCAGUAUGCCUUUGAAGCAGUACUAGCCCAUAUUGUUACUACGUCUGUCAGUUGCAAACAGAUCUCCUUGAGAUGAGAGGGGGCAACAUUCCAAAGUAGAGUAGCACAUUUGUCUGCACUACUUAAUGAUCCAGAUUUUCCACAAAUUAUUUUUUAAAAAUUGUGAACAUAUUCAUUAACCAAUAUUUAAGGGCUGAUACGUAGGCCUUUAGUACUAAUCUUUCCACACUAGCAAUAUUGAGCGUAAACUUACAUUAUGGAAACUUCAGAGGCUUUAGUUGGUGUUUUAACUAGCGUCCAUUUUAAAGCAAAAUUCAUUAAAAAAGAAACAGGUAUCAUGGUCCAUGUCAGUCAUGGUGUACCAAAUAAAUUGGCCUGGCUACCGCUGUGGUUAUGUGCUAAAAAUCAUGUUUAGAUUUUUUUGUGGGGACAACAAUGUGGAAGCUAAAAUUGACAUAUUUUUAUGUAAAAUUUUCUAUUCUUUGAUUUUUAAUAAACUUUGGAGACCAGUUGUUGUUCUGUGUGGAUAGAUAGAUAUUCACAAGAAAUCUAAUGCAAGGGUUUAAUUCACACUUAACCCCACAUUUUAAUCUUUAUUUCUAACAUCUACUUCAGUGCUUUUAUGAAACAAUAUUUCUAUUGUCUUUUAAAUGUCUUUUAAAAGUCUUACACCUUCCCAGAACAGUAGGAAGGGAAGAUCUGGCUCAAAGGUGCUGAAAUGUACUAGAACAGGUGUGUUACAGCAUUGAACACUUAGUUGUAGUUCAGUGUCUGUAGUGACAAUGGUUUCUCAUUAAAGCAACCAUAUAUUAUAACUUUGGCAAACAGUUAAGUAAAUAUUCAGUUAAAGUUCAGCUCUGUUUUCUUUGUCCCACUUCAUUCUCAUAGAAUUAUUUUAAAGGAAAAAUACCUUGCUAACAUACAGGAUUUUUUGUAGCUUGCCAUUUUGCUCUCAGCAACUGGUGCAAAGGUAGGGUUGUCCUGGCAGGGUAAAAUAAACGGCAAGGAGAGGUAGCAUGCUUAAGGUAAGGAUGAAACACUUAGGGAAGGAGUAUGGCAGGUAUCUUGGUUUCUCAUCCAAAGUGUUACUUAAGAUUCCACUGAUCUAAUGGAGAUGGUAAUGUUGUAGUUUAUCACAUCACCUGUUCAGAUGAGAACGCUUUUUGAGAUCA